AAGCACGUUAGACGAAAUCUCACGGAUGCGGCGGGAACAGGCCUCCGCAUCUCAUCCGCGCAACCAAUUCUGUCACAGAGUUGGUUUCCGUUUCGUACGAUAAACACGUGAUAAAGAAAAAAAAAAGAAAGGACCAGCCCAGGUGAUAGCCCCUCGAGAGGGUUCGUGCAUGUGAUUCGGCCUGCGAGAGUUUGAGGGAAAGAAGAAGAGAAGAGACUCGAAUCGGGGAUCAUGAGGCCCGGGAAGAGCUGGGCCCCCCUGGCAGCGACCGUACUCGCUACGGCACUGCUCCUGCAACCUAUCCACGCCGAUGCGCCAAUAUCUGGUAGCUACCUGCCACCGUCAACCAGUUACGGGACACCGAACUUAGGCGGCGGAGGUCCGUCCUCCACCUACGGUGCCCCGUCGGGAGGCGGCGGUGGCCGUCCGUCCUCCAGCUACGGAGCCCCGUCCAGCACGUAUGGGGCGCCGUCCAGCACUUACGGCGCGCCUUCGAACGGCGGUGGAAGGCCGUCGAGCACUUACGGGGCACCGUCGAACGGGGGCGGCAGGCCGUCGAGCAGUUACGGUGCACCUUCGAGCAGCUACGGUGCACCGUCCAGCACUUACGGCGCGCCUUCGAACGGCGGUGGAAGGCCGUCCAGCAGCUACGGCGCCCCCUCCUUCGGAGGCGGCGGCGGGUUUGGCGGUGGUAACGGGCUCUCCACCAGCUAUGGCGCACCCUCGCGCGGCGGCGGCGGAGGCGGCGGCGGCUCGAUAUCCUCGAGCUACGGUGCACCCACCGGGGGAGGCGGUGGUGGCCCGUCCACCACCUACGGUGCACCCAACGGAGGAGGCAAUGGAUACUCGAGACCAUCUUCCACUUACGGUACACCUAGCACCGGUGGUGGCAGUUUCGGAGGCUCCGGUGGAUAUUCUGGAGGCGGAGGUGGCUACUCUGGAGGUGGAAAUGGGUACUCUGGAGGCGGCGGUGGUGGCUACUCUGGGGGGAACGGGGGUGGAUAUUCCGGGGGCGGUAACGGGGGUGGGUAUUCCGGGGGCAACGGGGGAGGCUACUCUGGAGGCGGCGGAGGUGGUUACUCUGGAGGAGGCGGAGGUGGUUACUCUGGAGGUGGAAAUGGCUAUUCUGGAGGCGGCGGAGGCGGCUAUUCAGGGGGGAAUGGCGGCUAUUCAGGGGGGAAUGGCGGCUACUCCGGAGGCGGAGGUGGCUACUCCGGAGGCGGAGGUGGUGGUCAAAGCUACGCUAGCAACGGUGGUUACCAAUAUUAAUCGCGAGCAGCCUUCACCCAGCGCGGCCAUCCUCAACCGGCAUGUUGUUUCACCGCGUUUCAUCGAGACGAGGAAAGAUCUUCCACCCCCUCUUCGUCACCCACCUCCGACCAACUCGUCCGAGAGGAGCGGCGAG